UUCUAGCCACCAUGUAAUAUCCUCCAUUUAUUCUCGCACCAAAUGGAAGCUACUUUUUAUUUAUUUCACGUUAUUUGAUUCUCAGUCAAAUGAGUGCCCAAUGUAGCUCUAUAAUUUUAGCCAAGAAAAGUAACUAGAGAUAACGACAUUGUGAGCAAGGGAGGCUUAUUAUGAGAGGUUAUUACCUAAACAGAUUCGGAUUCGUAAGGUCCCUGUGAUGUUUUGGGGGUCACACUCUUCUCCCAAAGUGCGUUGCUUACUUCACUCUAGAGUAUGAUUGGGUGAUUCCGAAUUGUUAGUAUGUAAUAGCAGGACUAUAUAUUGGGAUAUAAGAGGAAGGGUUAGGAGCUAAUGAGUGGAGGUUGUAACCCGUGUGGGACUAGCAUUUGCUGCACAUAUUAGGGAGUAACUAUACUCCCAGUGGUUUUAUACUACGGAAACUUGCGAUGAGCUCCUAUCCCCAUCUCUACCUCCUUACCGCUACCUCAUGCUGUUCCUUGCGUGACUGUAAUAGAUAGAUUUAGGUGUACUUUAUUUUCUACAUACAGGUUCUUUCGCUAAAGCGGCAUAGUCUGGAAGCUACAUUGUCUGGAAACACUAUCAACCUUGUGUCAAAUGACGCACAGAAAGUAGAGCGCUCCUUGAACCAACUGGGUAUGGUGUUAGCCGCACCGCUGGAACUGACGAUUAGUUUGGUAAUCCUGUGGUACCUGAUUGGUCGGGAAGCCCUGGCUGGUGCAGCCAUAUUUUUCAUUCUUGUCGCCUUUCAAAUGUUAAUGGCAAGAAAAGCUGCUAAGUUCAGAGACAAAGCAGCUGCCUUCACGGAUGAACGACUCGUGGUGAUGAAUGAAAUCAUUUCUGGAAUACGAGCGGUGAAGAUGUAUGCUUGGGAGUGGAACUUCAGAGACGCUGUUCGCGAUCUUCGCAGGAAGGAGAUGGCGAUAAUUCGUUUCAAAGGUCUUAUCUUUUCCCUGCUUCUUGUUCUGUUCUACACUACGCUCCCUAUCGCCGUUCUGAUUUCAGUUGCUGCACUGGCUUUGACAGGGACUCACUUGUCAUCCUUCACAAUAUUCACGCUUCUUUUAGGCUUAGACACUAUCAAGUUUGCAUUUUGUAACAGUUUGAGCAUGUCCGUAUACAAUGUGGCUGAUGCUAAAGUGGCACUCGAUAGAAUACAGUUCUUUCUUAAGGAUAAAGCACCGGAGGUUGAAAACGGCAAGCAACAUCGAACAAAACAUUUGUCUUUAAAGGAGCCGUUAAAUGUUGACGAUAAUCUUGUGUCACUGGGAAAAGGUUCUACGGAGGUAGAAAUGACCGUCUGUUUGAGUGAUUCAAGUGAACGAGGUGAUUCUGCAAACCUAACUACUGACACAUUUGCCGACGGUAGCUCGGUUUUCACGGCCAACAACAUGUCUUCUGACGUGAUUACCGGAUUGAUAACCAGUCAUGAAACAAGCACGAAAGAACCGUUUGUAUCAAUUUCUGAAGCGUCGUGUUCUUGGAAUCAAGAUUCUCUCGCGGAUACCUUUACAUUAAGAAACGUAACUUUGAAUGUAUGUAAAGGUGAAAUUUUAGCGAUAACUGGUCCUGUAGGGAGUGGAAAAUCUUCUUUACUGACAGCUGUUCUUGGAGAAAUACCUGUGUGUGAAGGAACUAUAUCUUAUUAUGGUAAAGUGUCCUAUGUUCCGCAAGUACCCUGGGUAUUUUCGGGGACGGUAAAGGAGAAUAUAUUAUUCGGCUUGCCAUUUAACGAAGAGAAGUUCCAGCAAAUUGUAGAUAUCUGUGGUUUGACGAAGGACUUAGCGGUCUUCUCCAAUGGCGACCUAACAGAAAUCGGGCAGCGUGGAGCCAUUCUCAGUGGAGGUCAGAAAGCCCGUGUGGGUCUAGCUCGUGCAGUGUAUUCAGAUGCUGAUAUUUACCUCCUCGAUGAUCCACUGAGUGCAGUCGAUACUAAGGUGGGAAGAAACCUUUUCAAGAGUUGUAUACUGAAGUAUUUAUCUGGUCACAUUCGCUUGUUGGUUACCCACCAGUUGCAAUAUUUGAAAGAUUUGGAUCACAUUGCUGUGAUGAAAAAUGGGACCAUCGCGCAUCAGGGGGGAUACAGUGAACUUGCAGACCAAGGAGUGUUUUCCGGUAUGCUAGACGUUUCUCAGCGCUUGGAAGAUGACCCGGUGGGCACAAGAAGUGUUAGUCUUGACGAAUUCAAUAAGAGAGUUACCCCCAUGCAGAAACCUCGAGCAGCUACCUCAGAGUCGCACGAAAUAGGACAUGAUAUUGAACUGCAUAAACUGUUGGAGGAAGAUGUUACUUCCGAAGUAGGCGUUGGAUUUAUGAAGGGUGCAAGUGCUCUGCGGAAUACUCGUUCUCGGUCUCGUGUAAGCGAGUGUGAAGCGCCUGAGACUGAUCAUCGACCAGUUCUUGAUUUGAAGGAAGAUGAGGAAGUUAAGACGACCGGCACUGUUACUUGGCGACUUUACUGGGAUUACUUUAAAGCAGGACUUCCAGUUCCUUUAAUAAUCCUCCUGGCAUUUGUCCUGAUCGUGGCGCAAGUUUUCCUCGUAGGUCCAAACUGGUGGCUGUCCAGAAUGGCAAAGAUGCCACCAGAUCAACAGAAAGCUCCAGUCACUCAAGGCAUUUACACCUCUCUCGUGGUGGUGUCUAUUGUUGUCAUGGCAGCGUCGUGUUUCUUCUUUUACUACAUCCUUCUGAAGGCAGCUGAAAACCUUCACAACAAAAUGACCAUAUCAACAAUCAAAGCCCCAGUUUUAUUUUACGACAGUAACCCGGCUGGCCGCAUCUUGAAUCGCUUUUCCAAAGAUGUAGGCUGUAUGGACGACGAGUUGCCGCCGCUAUUUCUGCGAGCACUUACAACCUGCCUUACCUCGUUCUGCGCCAUGUUGGUUCCCGCUGCAACCAACUACUGGCUUUUCUUGGCCCUUCUUCCAAUUCUUGCGACAGUGGCUUUUUAUGCUCGUUACUAUCUUAAGUCCUCCAGAGAGCUGAAGAGGAUUGAAGCCAUCAAAUGCAGUCCUGUGUACUCGCACAUCACGGAAACAGCGAAUGGACUUGAAAUAGUGCAUGUUUCAAACAUGAGCAGAACAUUUCUUGAGAGGUUUCAAAGGUACCAGGACGAGAACACUCAAGCUUUCUUUAUGGUAGUGUCGUGCAAUCGAUGGUUGGCUAUUCGCAUCGAUCUUCUUUGUAGUGUGUUUGUUAUCACAGUGGCAGUGACUGCUAUUUUCAUCGGGGAAAAUUCUGUCUUAGCUGGCCUCGCUCUGACGUACGCACUGCAAACACUGGACGAAAGUCAAUAUGGCGUCAGAGUGGCUGCACAGGUGGAGAACUUGAUGACGUCAGUCGAGCGAGUAAUUGCUUACACAAAAAUAGAUUCCGAGCUUGGCUACAGCACUCCAGCCCUUCCUCCUGGGUCUUGGCCCAGCGAAGGCCGCUUAGACCUACAGAAUCUCUCUCUGGUUUACUUUGAAGGAGGACCACGCAUCUUGAAGGACGUAAACGUUUGUAUUUCUAGUAAGGAGAAGGUAGGGGUUGUUGGUCGCACCGGUGCUGGAAAGUCGUCUCUAGUAUCUGCACUGUUCCGUAUGCCAGAUCCACUGGGAAAGGUGUUAAUUGACGGUGUUGAUAUUGAGUCUAUCAAUCUCCAAGAGGCCCGCAAGUCCAUGGCUGUUAUAACCCAAGAUACGGUGCUAUUCGGAGGUACAUUGAGAAGGAACAUGGACCCAUUCUCACAACACACAGACCAAGAACUCUGGACAGCUCUGGGGGAGGUGCAGCUGAAGACCCUUGUAGAAGGUUUGCCAGGACAGCUACAGUUCAAAUUGAGAGAGUGUGGAACAAACUUAAGCGUUGGUGAGAGGCAGUUGGUGUGCUUGGCUCGUGCAUUGGUCCAGAAGAGCAAGAUCAUCAUCAUGGAUGAAGCCACCGCUAACGUGGAUUUCAAGACUGACCGUCUGAUUCAAGAAGUUAUUCGUGACAAGUUUAAAGAUUCUACGGUGCUCAGCAUUGCUCAUCGGCUGAACACCAUCAUGGAUUAUGACAGGGUACUGGUUCUUAGUGGCGGACGAGUGGCAGAAUUUGAUGAACCUGAAGUGUUGAUAAGAAAUGGUGGACUAUUUUCUGAAAUGGUGAAAAGCCAGAACCAAAGUGAGAAGUGUUGAAACUGGCUCAUUUGGUGAAGCAAAUAACAAACUC